ACGGAGAACAACAGUUUCAACACCAAAACCCCACCGAAAACCCCAUUCUUUUUCCUACUUUUUCCUCUGUUUUCAAUUCCGAUGGAUUUCCAGGUGGUGGUUCUAGCCGGCGGCAUGUCGAAGAAUCUCGUUCCCCUAGUCUCCAAGGAGGUGCCGACGGCACUGCUUCCGGUAGCAAACCGUCCGGUUAUCUCUUACGUUUUGGAGCACUUGGAGCAAAAUAACCUUAAGGAUCUCAUUGUUGUGGUUGAAGGGAAAGAUGCAGCACUUCUUGUUGGUGGCUGGAUAUCUAGUGCUUAUGUUGAUCGUCUUCAUGUUGAGGUUGCUGCUGUCCCAGAGGAUGUGGGAACUGCUGGUGCAAUUAGGGCCAUUGCACACCACCUGACUGCGGAAGACAUUUUGGUUGUAAGUGGUGAUCUCGUUUCUGAUGUUCCUCCUGGUGCAGUGGCUGCAGCUCACAGACGACACGGGGCAGUAGUGACUGCAAUGCUUUGCUCUGCUCCUGUCAGUGGUCCUUUGGAAUCGGGAUCUGUUGGUGGCAAGGAUAAAAUCAAGAGACCUGGACGAUAUGACAUCAUUGGCCUGGACCCAACUAAACAAUUUUUGUUAUACAUAGCAACAGGAGGUGAAAUUGAGAAAGGUACUCGAAUUCAGAAGAGCAUUUUACGUCCAGCUGGCCUGGUGGAAAUUCGAUCUGAUCUGAUGGAUGCUCAUAUGUAUGCAUUCAAGAGGUCUGUUUUGCAAGAUGUUUUAGAUCGAAAGGAUGCAUUUCAAAGCUUAAAACAGGAUGUGCUUCCAUAUCUUGUUCGGAGCCAGCUGCAUUCAGAGGCUUUACCAAAAGGUGCACCACUAGUGGAAGAAAAUGGAAAUGAGAAGGUCAGUACCCAGAACAACCAAGCAAUGGUGUCUCGAAUACUUGCUAAUGCAUCUACCCCAAGCUUUCAUGAAUCCUAUGAAUUGGGUCCUAAUGGUUCUGCUUCUGUUCGGAGAACACAUAAAUGCGGUGCAUAUAUUGCCAGCAAUAGCAAGUACUGUGUGCGGUUAAAUUCCAUACAAGCAUUCAUGGACAUCAAUCGAGAUGUGAUUGGUGAGGCAAAUCAUCUGUCAGGGUAUUCGUUCUCUGCCCAUAAUAACAUCAUACAUCCAUCAGCAGAGCUUGGAUCAAAAACUACUGUUGGACCUCAUUGUAUGCUGGGAGAGGGUUCACAAAUGGGUGAUAAAUGCAGUGUGAAAAGAUCUGUUAUUGGGCGUCACUGCCGGAUAGGUUCCAAUGUAAAGAUUGUCAAUUCAGUUGUAAUGAAUCACGUAACAAUUGCUGAUGGUUGUUCAAUACAAGGCUCCGUGAUUUGCAGCAAUGUACAGCUUCAAGAGCGAGUUUCAUUGAGAGAUUGCCAGGUUGGAGCGGGUUUCGUAGUCACUGCUGGGAGUGAGUACAAGGGAGAAUCAUUGGCUAGAAAAGAGAAAUGAGUGAAAUCACAAGUCGAAGGCUAGGAAAAGAAACUUUGAUGCUAACUGCCUUGUUUAGUUUGCUGUAGUUUGUAGAGCAUACCUAUUGUUAACUGCUGCAGCAACUGAAAUGGGCAAGAAAGAAGCUAAGGAAUCCCAAUAUCAAUGAGUUUGCCCAUCAGCUUCCAUUUUGUCAUUUUAUUUUAUUUUUUGUGAUUGGUUUGCUUGUAUUUGAUGAAUUGGUGACCAUCAGAUAUACUUUAAUAUGAUCACAAAGGGAUAUAUAUACAUUUGGUUUGUUGGCUUAUGUAUUGUUGUAAUAUAUGAAUUUAUAUUUA